AUGAACAAAUUGCGUAAAAAAAAAAAAAAAGAUUUAUUUGUUAAAGAUGUUAUAGACAAGAUUGUUUUAGAAAAUGUUGAAAAGAACAUUUUGGGUAAAAAACAAAAAACAGAUUUUGAUAUCCUUGUCAGUGGAGGAGCUCCAGGAAUAGGUAAAACACGAUUUGGCCAAGAACUUUUCUUUCAACUCAGAGAUAACUGGGUUCCGCCUACUUUGCCAACAAAAAAUCUUCAACCUCGUUUUCGAUAUAUUUGCAUGGAUUUUGGGAAUGUGUGUCCACUUGAUGGUAUUGAUUAUG